AUGACUAUGAGCUUCCUGCUCAUGCUCCCAACGAGCUUCUCACUCAUGCUCCUGAUGACCUUCCUGCUCCCAAUGACAUUCCCACUCCUAAUGACAUUCCUGCUCCUGACAACAUUUCUACUCCUGAUGACUUCUGCUCCUGAUGACUUUCCUGCUCCUGAUGACUUUCCCGCUCCUAAUGAGCCUCAUGCUCCUAAUGACUUUCCUGCUCCUGAUGACUUUCCCACUCCUGAUGACUUUCCCGCUCCUGAUGACUUUCCUGCUCCUGAUGACUUUCCCACUCCUGAUAAUUUUCCUGAUCCCAAUGACCUUCCUGCUCCUGAUGAUUUUCCCGCUACAAAUGACCUUCCUGCUCCUGACAACUGUCAUAUACCAGAUCCGAGCACCUCCAAUACCACCUGUGAACAUCCCCACUGUCAUAUCCCAUACCUCCAGAUCCGGAAUUCCGGAUCUACUUCAUUGAAGUCCGGUCCUCCAUCCUGCUAUUCUGCCCGGCGCUCCACCUUCAUCUCCGUACUUGCCCCUAACUCCUUUUAG